AUGCCGACCCCAGAAUCCGAGAUACUGAAGCCACUCGACGCCUCCAACACCAAUUCCGACGACUGGGAGAUCUUUGUCCUGAGCGAUGCGCGCAUCGUCUUCGAAAGCAAUGGCAAACCUGCAAGCCUUCUUGCUGCAUAUGCAGACACCCCACUCCGAGUGGAAGGGCGACUGGAGACUCCAGGGCGUAGCCAGCUGAAAUAUCUUUUGAAGAAACCCUACAAGCCCAUGGAAAUCGAAAUACAACAUGUGACGCGCUUCUCCUACGGCGAAAUGACCGACGGCGCAUACGUAAUUUGGGCGCAAGGCCAGGCAGGCUGGUUCGAGAUACGACCGACCGCGCAGUACAAGCCCAUCUACGACCAGAUGGUUCAGGCUGUGGAACUUCUAUACUUUGUCACAGACAUAUACGGCGAGUCGCGGAAGAAGAGUAGCGGGCCCAGUGCUGAGCUGGUCUUCCAAGAGUAUGCGGAGGACGAGCGUUUUCCUUGCAACGAUGUGGCCGCGGCUGAGAGACUAUUCGAUCAACAUCAUCUGUUCCUCAUGAUGUGCUUUCUGAACAAAGCCCAGGGACUGAGCUGGAGUAACACGCCUAUCUAUCAACGUUUCAGACGACGGUUCCCGAAAGACUUCGACAAUUGUAAGGCACGAAUCGAAGGGCGCUAUUCUCAGAUCCAACCCGAACGCUCAGCGAGGACCCAGAAGUCCGCAUCUGCACCAACGCCAGCUUCCAAAACGGCGCAAGCGAAUGCGACACCGAAACCAACGGAAGCGCCGAAGAAAGACGACAACUGGUGGGAGGCGGCCGCUCUCUUCGAAUUUAUGCAGAAAGCAGUGAACCAACGGGUUCUACGAGCAGGACGGAAUCACAUAACGGUGGAUCGCGUUGCCGAACUCAUUGUUAGGCGAUACGAGAUUGAGGAAGCGGACACUGCGAAGAAUGUGCUUCUGGUACACGCACAGAAUCUGUGCUACAUGAUGGACCACCCGCGGCGGAAGAACAUACAAUUCUUUGCCGCCGAACCUAUAUAUCAAGAGCUGGCAGCCGGCCACACACUUCCCGCAGCCGAACAACGGCGAGCUGAAGGGGUGGAACUGAAACCACGGAAAGAUCACGGAACUCUGAGGGACGGUGAAAGCGGUUCUUCGGAUACGUCCGACGAAGAAGAUGACGCAAUAACAACACCUGUGCGUAGACCACCGGGUAGACGGAAGCAAGGCCGGCUCUCUGUGCUAAGACCUACGAGUGGAAAGUUUUCUGGCAAGAGCAAAGGGAUCAGCAUUAAGCCAGGGAGACAGAAAGGCGGAAAGGGGAAAGCACCCGUGCCGGCAAGUGACGACUCGGAAGCCGAGCAAAGCAGUAACGCUACAGGUAGUGAUGAAGAUGAUGAGGAAGAAGGCAUCGACACACCAACCCACGCCCUAUCACCAGGUCGAGAGAAAAGAAAACUAGACGAUACGGACCGUGAUCAAGACGAGAAGGAUCGACGGAAACGUACAGCCAAACACUUGGAAGAUCACAGUCGAGGGCGAGAGAAGGUUGUUGGUAUUCUUUGGAGAGAACAGGAUAGAUUGAAUCUGCCUGUUAGCAACUUGAUCAAGAAAAUCCGCGAAAUGAACGAGGCGGCUACGCCGCUGUUCCCGGUGCCUGGUGCUCCGGCGACGGCAGUGCAGCCGAAGCCUAUACAAAGACCUGUGUAA